CAUAUCACUCGUCUGUGUGUGUGUGUGUGUGGAUGUGUUCCCUCAUUCACAAUGCCAUUACUUAUUCAUUGUCAGCUUGCAAAUUUAGCUUUGGUUCUGGCCGUGGAUGGGGCGACAAAACGUGGGGUUGGUGUGAGAGAGAGAGAGAGAGCGCGGGUUAACGAUUCCACCGGAGCGAAACGAAUGCAAUAGUAGCGGGCAAGCAGGCAGCAGCAGUCGUCGUCGUGUCCAAGUCGGCGUCGCUAAGGAUAAACAUGCAGCGGGUGGCGGGUUGCAGCAGCGCAGGGAGGACAAUGCAUUUGUUAUUGUUUUGCUGGUUUGAUUAAUUCUAAACAACAGUCUUAAACAGUGCCUUUGUCACACUUUGCCCAUUAGCACAACACUGUGUGCCAGGGUGAUGCUAACGUACAGUGCCUUCAGGGUUUGAAAACGGCGGUAAGACCAAAAGUGGGAAAAAGUCGGAACUUCAUCGUUCACAUGAAACAAGCGUGAUAGUGCAGUGCCAUUGUCGUCCAGAUUAUAACACUGUGUUCAAACGACUGCCACUACUACUACAGGCAGGCAGGGCAGCUGUGCAUUUGCUGUUUUUGUUGUUGUUGUUGCUUUUACUCGAGCGAUAAGCGCACAUCCGCGCGCGCACCCAUCGCUGACCAACACAGAACCAUUUGCAUCAUACUUUUAUGGGUGUUUGAAUUGAUGCGUGUGCCCGUACCAUCCGUACGCUUGGAAUAUUCCCUCUCACUCUCUCUCUGUGUCAAGGAGCUUUUAAGUAAGCCAAAGUCGCAACAAAAAAAAACAAUACAAAACAAUGCUAAUCCGGUAAUGGUAAUAACCAAUCAUCAUCUUGUGUGUCGUGAAUUGCAGUGUGUUCCACAAGUGUUCUCAGCGCGCUCCCUCAGAUCUGUGAUGCACACGGUCGCGCAAAAUUGGUUGCAAAUUAACAUCCCAUGCGCACUGUGCAUGUGUUAGAACAAAGCGCGGCAGCCGCGAUAUAGCUCGUGUCGUGAUCGUGUUGGGGUUUUGAGUGAAGGGCCGCGGGCGAGCGCGCGCGCGUGUGUGUGUCGGUGCAAGUGUGAGGACCCGCAGUGCGCACCAUGGUGGACAUAGGAAUGGUAGACAUAGGACUGCAGGACGAGUCUCUAGUCGAUCACAUCGGUCGGCAGGUGCUGCACUGGAUCGUCGGCUACUCCACCGCCUGGUACGCAACGCUCAGCCAUUGCGAUCUGGUCGACAACUUCAAGAAGGUGGACUCGGGCGCUAAAAUACUGCUGCAAGGGCUCGGCGUCAAGACGGGCCACAACGACGACGAGGACGACGACGAGGCAGAGUACGGCGAGGAGGAGUACGACGAGGUGGUGCAGGAAGGUGGAGCGGAGGGCGAGGUUCGACGUGUCGUACGGCAGCGGCGCAGGAUACGCCGGGCGGCCGCCCGUGGCUUCGUCAAUCGAUACCAUCCGCUGGUCGAGUACGGCGAGCGAAACUUUGAGAAUUUAAUGCUGGCCGACCUGAUGGAGAACUGCGAACGAGGAAUUCCGAUUGAGAUGUUCAAUGUGUUGGCCCCGUUCCAUCAGAACAGUGCUGGUGCAGCUGGUGCCGGUGUUGCUGCCGCCGCUGCGGGUGGUCAGAACGUGCGGCUAGAGAACAUGCAGGUGACGCAACCGUGCAGCGGACCAUCCUCGCCAACAAUUGCAUCGCCCGGUGCACUCAGUUCCACCUCGUUCUGUUUGGCCAACGGUGGCGGAAUCGGGAGCGUCCCCGGCAGUGGUGGAUGCAGCGUCAUCUCUAGCACAACAGCAGCCGAUACGGCGGACCCGAACUGGCAGGCCAACAAAUCGACCGUACGCGAACGCAAUGCCGCCAUGUUCAAUAACGAUCUGAUGGCCGACAUCCGGUUCAUCGUCGGUUCCGACGAGCAAGUGCAAACGAUUCCAGCCCACAAGUAUGUACUAGCGACGGGAAGUUCCGUUUUCUACGCCAUGUUCUAUGGUGGGUUGGCCGAAAACAAGCAGGAAAUUAAGGUACCGGAUGUGGAACCCGGUGCAUUCCUGACGCUGCUGAAGUAUCUGUACUGUGAUGAGAUUCAGCUCGAAGCGGACAACGUGCUGGCAACGCUGUACGUCGCGAAAAAGUACAUCGUACCACAUCUGGCCCGGGCGUGCGUCAACUAUCUGGAAACUAGUCUCACGGCGAAAAACGCCUGUCUGCUGCUGAGCCAGUCGCGCUUGUUCGAGGAACCGGAAUUGAUGCAGCGCUGCUGGGAAGUGAUCGAUGCGCAGGCAGAAAUGGCCAUCAAAUCGGAAGGCUUUGUAGACAUCGAUCUGAAAACGUUUGAAACGAUCCUCGCGCGAGAAACGCUCAACUGCAAGGAGAUCCAUCUGUUCGAGGCCGCUCUCAGCUGGGCCCAUGCCGCCUGUACCAAAAUGGAUAUCGAGCCGACCUCGUCCAACAAGCGACAGCUGCUCGGCCAGGCCCUGUACCUGAUCCGCAUCCCGACGAUGACACUCGAGGAGUUUGCCAACCGGGUCGCGCAGCUCGGCAUACUGACCAACCAGGAGACAAUCGACAUAUUUCUCAACUUUACCGCCAAAAACAAGCCAAAGCUUACCUUCCCGGUGAAGGCGCGGGCCGGCUUGAAGACACAAGUGUGCCAUCGAUUUGCGUCCUGUGCGUACCGGAGCAACCAGUGGCGCUACCGGGGCCGAUGCGAUUCGAUACAGUUCUCGGUCGACAAGCGCAUCUUCAUUGUCGGCUUUGGGCUGUACGGAUCGUCAACGGGGGCGGCUGAUUACGAUGUCAAGAUUGAGCUGAAGCGGCUCGGCCGCGUGCUGGCCGAAAACAGCACCAAGUUCUUCUCGGACGGUUCGAGCAACACGUUCCAGGUGUUCUUCGAAACGCCGAUACAGAUCGAGCCGGAAUGUUUCUAUACCGCCUCGGUCGUGCUGGACGGUACCGAGCUAAGCUUCUUCGGACAGGAAGGCAUGAGCGAGGUGAGCGUCGGUACGGUCACCUUCCAGUUCCAGUGCUCGUCCGAGAGUACGAACGGGACCGGCGUGCAGGGCGGUCAGAUACCGGAAUUAAUCUUUUACGGCCCUAUGGGCAUCAGCCAGCAGAGCAGCAUUAUAUCCGCCAGUGCGAGUAACAAUACGAUCAACAAUAAUCACACCGCUGCCGGGGGACAUACGGCCGGAAAGCAGCCGAGUAAUAAUUCUGGUGGAAGCAGCAGCAACAGUGUACCUUCUACAACGACGACAUCCUCCUCCUCCUCCUCUUCAGCCCAUGGCGGUGGUCUCUUGCUAAUGGGUGCCGGCGGCAGUUCGUCACCAUCAAACACCCACAGCAGUGACCGAUCAAAUGUAGCUCCGUUUGGAAACGGGGGCGACAAUGAUGGGGCAUCAACGGCCAGCGCUAAUGCUGCCGGAAUAGCGAAUUGGUUGCCGCCGUCGGUUGCGGGCGUGUCUGCUGGACAGCAACAAUUACUGGCUGGUACUGGCGAACCAACAGAAUGAACUACCGUCACUAGCGGCGCUUUCCGAAACGAGAACAGAGAUGUGCUUUGAAACAAAGAUAUAAUUGAUAUGUAGCGUUUGCAGCGUCUAUUCAGUCUGCUGUGCACAACAAGAUGGUGUAAAUCAUAACGUUUGUGUAGAAAUCUCAACGCACAGUAGCGAAACGAACAUUACCAAGAAAUUUCCACUGUGUUUUUCUCGAGGUGAGAUGAGCUUGGGAAAAUUAAUUACUACAUUAUUCACACAUUUCCGUAGAAACAAAAAGAAAAUUAACCUUAUACACCCGCUUUGUAGCAGUCGCUUGACAGGGAAAUAAUUUUACUCAAAUAGCAUGUUAGUCCCUCGUCAGAGACAAAGAUCGGGGUUUGAUUCUUCUAGAGCUUUCGUCUUAGGUCUUCCAAACAUUUAUGUUAGCUUGUUUUUUUUUUUUUGAGGCAUUUUACUACCUUUUCACCAAAACAAAAUUGUAGCAGAAUUUAUUAUCAUUAGCAUAGAGUAAAAGCAGCAAAUUUCUUCGGUGAGAUGAAAAAUGGUGACCAUUGAUUGGCCGCCCUUCGUUAUGACUGAGAUUUUUUUUAAGUUUUACCACACACACACAAAUGCCCUCAACAAAAUCUUACACUCCCCCCUUGCUUUUAAUUUCGUAACAUAUACCAAGCAGCUAUUCACGAUCACAGACAGAGUAGACUCCCCAAAAGGGAUUUACGGUACAACGGGGUAGAAGUCAACACACAAUCAGACCAUCUUCAACCAGAAGUUGGUGAGCACAGGCCGAAUGAGGGGCGAGAGAACAAAGAAAAUGGUUUCCUUUUUAGCAUGUAAGUGAUACAGGAAGAUAGAACUAAAGCGUGGCAGGAACGGGAAAUAUAAGAGUCAGCAUCGUCAGCAAUAGAUAGCACAUAUGCCCUGGGCGGAAGCGUACUCCAAACCCCUGGUUGAUAAAGGGAAAUAGAGAUGCCCCGCUCAGGCUACCGGAUGUGCAUGGGUGGCAAAUUCCUUAAAAUACCAUAGCAAGCAACUACAAAGAUAUUGUGCGCACGUAUGUCGUUCAUCUAUAUUUAUGUUGUUAUAAUUUGGUUUUGUUUGGCACGAGGCAAAGCCUCAUCGUUCAAAUUCAGGUAUAAAAAAUUUAGAGAAAUUCGUUAAAGUUGGCAGGAUUAAGUUAAUACCCAAGAGCAUAUGCGUUAACGUAAACAAGAUUUAAACAUCAAAA